UCUAAAACUCACCAUUCAGAUUUCAGACUUACUUAAAAGUUCUGUUUUUCAUCUUCCCAACUUACAAAUGGCAUUGAAUUCAUCAUCUUCUUCUUCUUCUUCAUUGAGAUCAUUCACAAAGAUGAGGACAUGGCAGAGGUGUUCAAAGCAGAUAAGAGAACAGAGGGCUAGGAUUUACAUCAUUUGGAGAUGUACGGUUCUUCUUCUUUCAUGGCAGGAUUGAUAAAUCAUGAUCAAUCUGAUCUAUCCAUCCAUCAUCUUUAUUAAUUUUUCUUCCCCUCCCAUCCCUUUUUCACAGAUAAUUAACAAUUACUAAACCCCUUUCUUAUUUUUCUUGAUUCUUUAGUUUUGAUUAGAGAAUACUGUAACUAGCUAGCUAGCUAGAAUGAAGCCUUUUCUUAUGUGUAUGUUCUAUGAUGAUCAGUUAUGGAUUAUAAUUUCUAUAUCAUGGAAUAAAACCCAGUUCUGAUCCAUGUUUUUUAUUUAUUGCUUGUGAU